CGUCGUCGCCGGCUGUGGGUUGGCUGGUUAUUUUGCAAGCGGGAGGGGCCGUGCGCGCUCUUGCCUCAGGCCUCUGUCCCCCACCCCCUUCGCCGGUACCGGUCUCUUCUUCGGAAAGAUGUCAGACACGGCAGUGGCUGACACUCGGCGCCUUAACUCGAAGCCCCAGGACCUGACCGACGCUUACGGGCCGCCUAGUAACUUCCUGGAGAUAGACAUCUUUAAUCCACAGACGGUGGGCGUGGGCCGCGCGCGCUUCACCACCUAUGAGGUUCGCAUGCGGACAAACCUCCCCAUCUUCAAACUGAAAGAAUCCUGUGUACGGCGACGCUAUAGUGACUUUGAGUGGCUGAAAAAUGAGCUGGAGCGAGAUAGUAAGAUCGUAGUACCACCACUGCCUGGGAAAGCCUUGAAGCGGCAGCUCCCUUUCCGAGGAGAUGAAGGGAUCUUUGAGGAAUCUUUCAUUGAAGAAAGGAGGCAAGGCCUCGAACAGUUUAUUAACAAAAUUGCUGGGCACCCGUUGGCUCAGAAUGAACGCUGUCUACACAUGUUCCUGCAAGAGGAGGCAAUUGAUAGGAACUACGUCCCUGGGAAGCUUUCAGAGUGCUGGGAGUUUCUAUGCAGAUUCUGAGGGGAGAGAAGCUUUGUGUCAACAUGAGACAAGCUGCAGUCAUCUGAGAGGAGGGACCAUCAAUUGAGAAAUGCUGCUAUAAUGUAGGAGGGCCCAGUGCAUUGUGGGUGGGGCCAUCCCUGGGCUGGUGGUCCUGGGUUCUAUAAGAAAGCAAGCUGAGCAAGCAGCAUCCCUCCAUGGCCUCUGUGUCAGCUCCUGCCUCCAGGUUCCUGCCCUGUAUGAGUUCCUGUCCUGACUUCUUUUCAUGAUGAACUGUGAUGUGGAAAUAUAAGUAAAAUAAACCUUUUCCCCCAUCUUGUUUUUAGUCCAUUUGUUCUAUCACAGCAAUAGAAACACUAGCUAAUACAGUCAUCAGUGGAGUUGCCCAGUUGUAGAUCCUGCAUCUUACGGUCAUGAGCUACCAGGCAAGAUGUUCUACUGGUGCAGUAUGGCAUGACAAUUAUGGGGGUGGGUAAUCAAUCACUUUCUGAUUGAAUUUGAUACUUGAUCCACAGGAGGGAAUUGAUAUCUGGCACUGUAAGCCUGGUCAAAAGCCUAUGGCUGCAGAAGCCCUAGGUCAGAAACUAUUACUAUUUUGCCAAAUGGACAUGUUUAUGUUUACAUGCAUUCUCUUGGUCAUUGUUCUAUUGCUGUGAUGAGACACAAUGACCAAGGCAACUCAUUAAAAAAAAAAACAAACAUUUAAUUGGGACUUGCUUACAGUUUCAGAGGUUUAGUCCAUUAUCAGGAUGGUGGCACACAGGCAGACAUGAUUUUGGAGAAAGAGCUGAGAGUUCUUCAUACAGAUCCUUGGGCAGCAGGAGAAGAAAGCCACUGAGUAGGCUUGGGUUUUUGAAGCCUCAGGGCCCACUCCCAUUGACACACUUCCUUGAAGGCCACACCUCCUAAUCCUUUAAAAAUAGUGACAGUCUCCAGUGAGAAAGCAUUCAAAUAUAUGAAUCUAUGAGGGCAUUUUUAUUCAAACCACCACAUCCAUAGAUCUAGUGCUGCUCUCCAUAGCACUAAAGAGAAGGUUUGGGCUAGAGCGAUGGCUCAGUGGUUAAGAGCACUGACUCCUCUUUCUGAGAUUCUGAGUUCAAUUCCCAGCAACCACAUGGUGGCUCACAACCAUCUGUAAUGGGAUCUGAUGCCCUCUUCUGGUGUGUCUCAAGACAGCUACAGUGUACUCACAUAUAUAAAUUAAAUAAAUCUUAAAAAAAAAAAGAGAAGCUUCAGUGGGUCAUGGUCAGUGCAGAGACUCAUAAUUUGUCAAAGUAUUGAGACAAGUGACAGUUGAAUGCUCUUCCCUAAAGGGUACAUUAAUAUUUACCCUCCAAGAUUCAAGGAGCAUCAUAAAAGAGAGGUGUCUUAGUUAGGGUCUUACUGCUGUGAACAGACACCAUGUCUAAGGCAACUCUUAUAAAUGACAACAUUUAAUUGGGGCUGGCUUACAGGUUCAGAGGUUGUUCAUUAUCAUCAAGGCAGGAACAUGGCAGCAUCCAGGCAGGCAUGGUGCAGGAGGAGCUGAGAGGUCUACAUCUUCAUCUGAAGGCUGCUAGCAGAACACUGAAUUCCAGGCAGUUAGGAUGAGGGUCUUAUAGCCCACACCCACAGUGACACACCCACUCCAACAAGACCAUACCUUCUAAUUCUGCCAUUCUCUGGGCAGAGCAUUUGCAAACCAUCACAAGAGAGCAGAAAUAAAGAGCCUGAGGAUGAAAAGGAGUGCUGUCUUCUGAACAUAACAUGGCUCUUGAAUACACAGUAUCUGUAAGUUCCUACAAAACCUGCACAGGAUUGAACCUUCAAUAUUUCGGCAUGGGUAUGGCUCCAUCCCUCAGGAGCUAUUAAUAGUUGAUGGAUUAACUGUGACUGCUUGUAGGUUGCUCAUGCUCUGUUGAAUUGCUGCUGCCUAUCCAUGUGAAUGUAGAGAGCAUUAAUUGGAUUCAGUAUGUUAUAAAGAACAAGAAAAUGAAGACGAGAAGGAGAUGAAGGUGUGGCAAGAGGAAAUAUUGGAGAAGGGGUAUGGGGAAUGGGAAGGAAUGUUUGGGUUGGAUAUGAUCAAGCAUAUGAAAACAAGCAUGAGAGCAUCAAAAAAUACUUGUUUUUGUUCUUUGAGGCAUGGUCUUGCUAUGUGGCCUUGACUGGCCUGGGAACUUGCUAUGUAGACUAGGAUGGCAUUGAAAUGAUAGAGAUACGCCUUCCCCUGUCUACUGAGUACUGGGAUUAAAGGCAUGCACUAUAUCUGCCUUAGCAAAACUAAAUUCUAGAAAGUCUUUAAACAUUUUUUAAAAGCAAAACAAUGAAGGUGAGGGCACCCGAUGUUAACCUAUGGCCUGCACAUGUACGUGAGCAUGCACAAUACCCAUACUGUAGGGAAGCUUGGAGUCGUCUCAGGACACCCCAAGCUAAGUUCUCAACACAAAGGAGAUUCGUUUGCCCCAGAGGGACAGAAGACAGGGAUAAGGGCCAAAGACAGGAGACAGAGGAAGAAGGGGAAGGGCACAAAGGAGAGGGGAAAAGGGGACAAGGGAGAGGGGGCAGGGGUAUUUGUCCCAGAGUAAGACAAAGAACUGCCUCUGGAUAGAGAGGAGACACAUGUGACACAUAGGAUAACGACAGUUUAUGAAGUAAAAAGGGAAAAUCCCAUGUUAGGAUGAGGUGUUUAAUUUUAAUUGGCAUAUUAUUUGGGUGAGCCAAAGAGGGCUUUUGAUUGCUGGACUUGAAAACUUUGAUAGCAGACUCAGGAGGAAGAAGGCAAAUAAAGGAAAUAGACCUUGAUGGUUAGCUUUAGGAGUGUAAGUGUAAUCUCUCUCUCUCUCUCUCUCUCUCUCUCUCUCUCUCUCUCUCUCUCUCCCUCCCUCCCUCCCUCCUUCCCUCCCUCCAUUCCUCCCUCCUUCUUCCCUCUCCUCCUCCCCUCCCCCCCAGCUUCUCCUGCUUCUCUCCCUUCUCCCCCUUCUCCUCCUUCUCCCCCCUCUCUUCCCUCCUCCCUCUCUUCCCCCCCUCUCUCAGCAGAGGGAAUAGAGAAGGGUAAGGCCUGCCAGAGCCAUAUACUUGAGUUGGCUAGUGUCCCUUCACAUACACACAUGCAUCUCACACAUAUGUGUACACACAGUUAAACACAGACACACACAAACCUAAAGAAAAAUAUAACAAAAUAUUUUUUAAAGAAUGAAGACCUUGAAUGGUAUAUUGAUAUGGCUUAACUUUCUUUCAUAAUCAAUGAAAAGCUACAAAAAGACUUUGAGGGUAACACAAUCAGAUUUUUGUUCAGUACUAAAUUGUCAAUUCCUUAUGAACAUUUACCAUAGGGUAUGUCUCUCAGAACACACAACAAUGCAUGUAGAAAUCUACUUCUUCCCAUCAUCACUAUGGCCACUUUAACUCCAGGUAAUCAUUUCUUCCCUAGGUUAGUACUGCAGCUUACCUUUUCUCUAGACACUUCUACAAUCUUGUGGGGUUUUUUUGUUUUUUGUUUUUUUGUUUUUCUUUUCUUUUUUUCAGAGCUGGGGACCGAGCCCAAGGCCUUGCGCUUGCUAGGCAAGUGCUCUACCACUGAGCUAAAUCCCCAACCCCUACAAUCUUGUGUUUUGACAGUGGAUAUAAUGAUCUUUUCAGAAGGGUAAGAACCAAUGCUUGUGAUUAUGAUGGGAUAAGUAACAGGGACUGGAUUACUCUUUGGCUUUAAUUAUAAACCUGGACAAAAUAUAUGAAACCACAAUUCAGAGCUGGGAAGCCUGACUAAUACCUAGCAUUCUUGAUUUGGGAGACAGACGUCAGAAUUUAUUCAGGUAAGUUUGUUGGCUAGAAUUUGUAGGGUAUACAAUAAGGCAGGGGAACCAAAUGUGCCUUCCUGAGAGCUACAGUAUUCGGUACCACAGCACACAUGAAACCAGGGAAGGACCCACCAGAAAGGAGUAGAUCCGAGAGUGCACUGCACUGCACUUUGUUUGAGUACUUAGAACAGUAUUGCCUCAAGAGUGGGGGCAUAUUUGCUCUAGGCCAAAGGUUGCUCUGUGCUUGUUUAAUAAAACUUAAAAAAGCAAGUCUCAAAGAAACUAUCUCUAAGGAAUCAAACUGCAUCUCAGAACCAACCUCAAAUAUGUCUAAAGGAAUAGUAAAGAAAAAAUCAGCACCCAAAGCCAUAAAAUUCACUGACAUCCAGUAACAAAUUGUCAGGUAUGCAAAGCAACGGAAUGUUUUCCAUAGUUAUAAGCAAAGUCAAUUAAUAAAUUACCCAGGAAGAAAAUGCAUGCUGGAAUCAGCCAACCAUGACAUUGAACCAGUUAUGACUGUGUUCCAUAUGUUAAUGAGGCACAGGAAAGUGUGACGUGAGAUUGUACUUAGGAGGGACAUCAGAAGAUAUAGAAGAUAAGUAAGUAUGUCAAAAUUCUAAAAGGGGCGUGGUAGUGCACACCUGUAGAAGCAGAAGGAUCAUUAGUUUAGGGCUAGCCUUGGCCACAUAAUGAAUUCAAGGUCACUGUGGGCAUAGGCUUCUCAGGUAAAGGCACUUAAUGCUCAACUCCGGAGCUCAUGUUAGGUGUAAAGAGAGAAACUCUACAAACUUGUCCUCUAAGCUUCACAUUUGUUGCGUGCGAUGGCACAUGCCUUCUUUCCCUACACCAUACCCACUGCAUACACUAAAUAGAAAAGAAACUGAGGGAGACUAAUGUUCUAAGGUAGGGAGAGACUUGGCUUUUCAGUAGUUAUUGACAAAAAUAAGUAAAACAUGAGCAAGUAGUUGGUGACCUUAUUGAGAAGUUUUAUUGGAAUGGAGUGACUUAGAGCCCACUUUAUAGUGAGUUGGAGAGUAAGGUGAAAAUCGGCCAGAAAAGAAAUGACUGAUAACUUAGACUAUGUUAAGCGUUUUUUUUUCUUCUGUAGAUAAUUUUGAAUAGGCCCAUUUGAGCAUUUCUGUUCUCUUGCCUAGCCUUGCUCAUGCCAUCCCAGACGGAUGGAGGCUUGAUGGAAGUAGGAUGAUUUAACAUGACCUCAUUCAUAUGUAUGGCAGUUGACCAGCUUUCAGUCAUGGUGCCUCUCCAGAAAUUUUGAACCUUUUCAUAUGCUGGCAACAUUUUAAAAACACAAGCCUUAAUGUACAAGUGCUUUCUGAAACCUAACCACGUAUCACAUUUGCAGACAUCUUAUUGGCCAAAGAAAAUCACAUGGCUAAGUCCCAAGCUGUCAGGAAAUUAGACUACCCAAAAAUAUGGAUUCAAAGAUUCAUGAUUCAUUGGGAACCUUCCACAUUGCCCAUAACUGUAUAAAACUAUGUAUUGUUCUAGAAAUGUGUACUACAGGUGAAGUAUAAAUACAGAACAUGCACUUAAAUAACAGUACCAAAGCCUGGUAACCCCUGGGGAGGAAGGAGGGGGGACAAGCCAGAAAGAUAAGUGCACAUACAACAGUUACGUUUUUGUGGUGCUGGGAAUUGAGCCCAGAGCUUUGCACUUGCUAGGCAAGCGUUUUACUCUUAAAUACAUCUGAAUCUUCAAUGAUGCUUUAUUUUAAUUAAAAAUAGAAGCAAGGGAUUGGAGAGAUGGCUCGGUGGUUAAGAAUACUGACUGCUUUUCCAGAGAAGCUGUUCAUAAGACCUGUGUUCAAUUCCUAGCACCCACAUUAUAGCUCACAACUGUCUGCAACUUCAGCUCUAGGGUAUCUGAAGGUCUCUUCCGGCACCCUUGGGUGGGCAUCAUGCACACACAUGGUACACAAACACAUGUCCAGGCAAAGCACCCAUACACAUGAAAUAAAAGCGAAUCUUUUAAAAACAGGAAUGAAAUUUGGUAAAAUGUAAGUUUUAGCUGUAUAUAAAUGGUUUUGUUAUAUUCUUAGCUAUCCUUUUUGUUUGUAAGUUACUUAUAAUUUUUAGGCUUUGAAUUUUUUUUUUUAAUCGGAGCUGAGGACCGAACCCAGGGCCUUGAGCUUGCUAGGCAAGCGCUCUACCACUGAGCUAAAUCCCCAACCCUACUUAUAAUUUUUAAAACAGGUGGGAGAUAUGAAAAUACAGAUUAAUCUUUGAAGAAGUUUGGCAAAAGGAAAGGUUGAUAGAAAAUGUAGGCAGUACCUAGACAAAGGGGCGUGGUUGGAAGAGCACUAUUUCUAAAGAUGGACAAAAGCUCAUGACCAUAAAUAGGUUGAGGAGGAGACAUCAGUAGGACUGGCUGCCAAAAGUUAAUCCAAGAGACCGUUCAUUAUCCAUUCUUCUGCUCAUCCCUUCCUAUGAACUCACUUGCUUUGUUAGCAUUCGGUGCUUAUAGUUGAAUGCAUAUUGAAAGGAUACAGCUGAGAGAGGAAAAAGCAAGACAGCAAACAUACUGACUGCAAAAGGUUUUAGAAUUCAUUUAUACGAUGAACAUAUACCGAACAUCUAUAAUGUACUAAAUGCAUUACGAUACAAACCUCACUAAGACUUUGUUUCUAUCCCAUGUGUCUUGCAUAGUGGGGAUUGAUAACCAUAUAAAUAGAAACAGUACAUUCUCAGCUGCAAAUGUAACUCAGUGGAAAAAUAUUUGCUUAGCACACACAAGGUCCUGAUUCUGACCCCUUAGCAUCAUAAAAAAGGAGGAAAAAGAGAUACUAUAUCCUAGUUUGUAACUUAUGGCAGGGAAGUGAACAGAGUGCUGGGGGAAUAUAGGGAACCGAGUAAUCAACUGUAGAUAGUGUACAUUUCCUAUAGCACCCUAGUUAAAGGUUCACGCUUGGAAAACAUAGUUAAAAAUUCUUCCACCUACUACAUGGAAACUUAAUUAACCCUCUAUCUGUUUUCAUUUGUAAAAUGGCCACCAUGGUAGUUACCUCACAGUAUUGAUUGAAGAUUAAAUAAGUUAAUGAACACAAUUUGUUUAGCAAAAUUGUUUGAUGAGCGCUAAAAUGUUUGUCAAGAAGGCACAUAUUAAAGGAUGAGUGCAAAACAUAAGGAGAGCAUUCUAAGAGGAGGGAAUGCAGUAUGUGAAGACAGGGAGGCCACACAGGAGCUUAGUCAAUACUGGAGAGUUGUUAUUCUGAGACUGAGAGCCAUUAUGCUUGAAGCUCACAGACACAGCUGAAUCCUAAUAUGCUAAACCGAGGAGUCUGUAUUCUGGCAGACACUGAGAGUUCAGAAGCGUGGAUUCGGUUUUGUUUUCUAAUAAAUCAAUCAGAGAUCAUUUUGAAAGCAGUUGUGGAAGUAGCACUGGCCUGGAAUAGGAGAAGAUUGGUGGGUAGGGCUACUAUUUAGCUAAGAACUUCAAUCAGGGGAUAGGCCAAGCUUGACAGAAUGACAUGGGACAGAAUGACAUGCUGAUUUGUUGCAUGGACAGGGUUAGAAAGAAAGGGAGGUUGAGCCCAAACCAAAAGUUUUUAGUUUGGGAAUCUAACCUGUAAAAAAAAUAUAAAUUAGAAAGCCAAUGGUUUGUGGCUAGAAAGAAGACAAAUCUGAUCUUAGACCUGUGGCACUUAAGCCACCUUUGCAGUCUGUAGGUCAAGAUGCUUAACAGUUAUUUGGAAAUGUCUGGGAGUUAAGCAAGAGUUUGGGGCUCUUCUUUCAAAUGUUGCAAUCCAUCAGUUUUAGAUGACAGCUGAAGCUGUGUAAGCAGUUGAACUUUGUUCCACGUGGCUGGAGAAGAUAGGAAACACUAGGGCAUAAUCCUGGCAAAUCCCAAUGAGUAAGAGUGGAACGGAGACACUCUGACUGGGAAAGAAAGGAGAUAGAAUGAGGAGACAGGAAGAACUUUGGGAAACAAGAUCUACCAGUUGCCUUAGACUGUAUAAAUGUGGGCCAGUGAGUUCAGCCCCUGGGAGGUCAGUCUCCCUCCCUUCCUCUCCCCGCCCUCUCUGAAUUUUUUAAACAAGGUCUAGCCAGACCUAGAACUUAAAAUAAUCUUCCAGACCCAGUGUACCAAGUGCCAAGAUCACAGGUUUGUAUCUGCCAGCACAUCUGGCUUCUAUUAUAGUUUGAUAACGUUAUAGCAGAAGCCAGACUGCAGUGAAGUGACUCAAUGCAAGGGGGAAAGGACAGGUGGUGGCAGGGAGAGUGGCUAGAGACGAGUCACUCCAGACAUCUCUCUGACUGUGAAGGGAAGGAGGAAAAAGUAUAGGAGUUUGAAGUGAGAUCGUGUGGAAAUCGCAUGUUAAGUUUUGAAUGGGAAGAGGUUAACUAUGUCUGUAGUGUGGAAUGCAGUGUCACGAUCAAAGAGAAAUGGGCUGCUGGGUGGAAUGCAAGUCUAGAAAGACAAUUCCUGAUAUUCUUCUAGGGAUCACCCGGAGUAAAUCAGUUUAGAUUUUUCAGAGUGGAAUGGAGCCAGGAAGUAGGCAAGAGGGAAGGAGCUACAAGGAGACAAAGUGUGUGCUCCUGCUCAUGCCGUCCCUUCACAUUCUAGAGAAUACUUAUGGUGCACGAUGUGAAGACUAUCUUGUGUCCUAAAAGAUGUUCAUUUCCAUGACUAGUGGAAAAUGCAGCUACGGUGUGCACCAUUACUAACAACCAGUUUUGGGAUAAUUUUGACUUGUAACAGUGCCCACAUUAUGUUACAGAUUUUAGGAAACAUAAGCAAACACAAAGAAUCCAACUGUAGUGGGCACGCCUGUCGUCCCAGCA